AUGAGCCUGUACGAGUAUAAACACGGAAUCAUCAACAAGGAUCUCGCAGCUGGAGCAGAGUCAGGAGCGCGUCGACAGUUCCCAACGUUGGAGGCAUGGUACGAUGUGGUCAACGAUUACGAGUUUCAGGCGCGAUGCCCGGUUAUUUUGAAGAAUUCGCAUCGGAACAAGCAUUUUACGUUUGCGUGCCACUUAAAGACGUGUCCUUUCAAAGUGUUGUUGAGUUACUCGGGCCACCAUAAGGAUGGCAGCGACGACGAAGGCGAGACCCCACCGCCAGAGGGUGUACGUGAGGAGGCGGGACACGGGCACGAGCACGCGGGUCACGAGGGCCACGAAGGUCACGAGGGCCACGAGGGCCAUGAGGGCCACGGACACGAGGAUCACGCCCACGACUCGGUCAAACGUGAGGACCACGAUCGCCACCACGAGCACCAGGCUGGAACGCCUAAGUUCAACGACGAAGUUAGUGCUGCGAUCGCGGCCGCUGUCGCGGCCGUCGCGGACGGGAACCCUCAUGUUGGGUCCGUGCGCGGUCCCUUCACGGUGACCAAGAUCGACCCUUACCACAACCACCCUCUGGAAUCCAAUUUGAGUCUAGCUAAGUUCGUGCUGACCAAGAUCCCACGUAUUUUGCAAAACGAUCUCAAAUUCGAUUCCAUCCUUGAAUCUCUGUGCAACGACGACGACAACACGGUCGCCAAGUUCCGCGUCUCGCAAUACGUUGAAGAAUCCGGAAUUCUCGACAUUCUCAAGGAACGGUACGGACUUUCUGACGCAGAUCUCGAUAAAACGCUGCUUUCGCACAUCGCACGUAGAAUCACCACUUACAAGGCCCGUUUCGUGCUGAAAAAAAAGAAAGCCGGCUCUUACGGCGUCCCCAGCAGUCCAAUGUCCGCUGCUGCGGCAGCAGCAGCGGCAAUCAGCGCCAACGGAAGCCAUUCGCCCAUGGGAGGACUUCUUCACCAUGACGUCAAGAAAAGAGGCUUGCAAGACCUCAAGGACGAACAUCACCCCCAUGACGAAGAACUCGAAGGCCGGAAACGGUCCCGCGCCAACAAGAUCUCUACUGCGGUCAAAAUGGGCACCCGUUCGUCUUUGGUCAGCGACCCGGCUCUCGGAUCUCUCGAGGACGCCCACGACGCGGACGACAACAAACUACCGCAAGACGUUGCUGAACAAUUGCGUUUAUUGAGUUCCCAUUUGAAAGAAGUCGAACAACAGCAGGAACAACAACAACAGCAACAGCAGGAACACCACCACAACCAGCAACAACACCACAACUCGCACGACCAGCAACUCCAGCACCAUCUUCACAAGAACGGCGUCAAAGAGGACAUCACGGACGAGAAUAUCCAGCCUGAACUGCGUGGUCAGUAA